CAGUGGGGCGGGCCAAGGGGAAUAAAAACCUAGGCCCGUUGCUUGCGGCUUUCCGAUCGCGUCCUUUGCUUCUUGUUUUCCUGAUUUAGCUCUCGUCUCCUACAAACCAACCAUGGCCGGGUCCCUGCGCACCCCGCGAUUCCUGCUGGCUGCACUGACCCUGGCCCUAGCACUGGCCGUGAGCCCCACGGUCGGCGCGAGCUCCAACAGGCCUCGCCUGAUGGGCGGCCUGCUGGAUGCGGACGAGAGCGAGGAGGGCGUGCAGCAGGCGCUCAACUUCGCCCUGAGCGAGUACAACAAGGCAAGCAACGACGCCUUCCACAGUCGCGCCAUGCGUGUGGUGCGCGCCCAAAAGCAGGUCGUGGCUGGGAUGAAAUACUACUUGGACGUAGAGAUCGGCCGAACCACAUGUACCAAGUCCCAGCCCAACUUGGCCGACUGUCCCUUCCAUGACAAGCCACGCCUGAUGAAGAAAGCACUCUGCUCUUUCCAGAUAUACAGUGUUCCCUGGAUGAGCAAGAUCUCUAUGGUGAAGUCCAGCUGCCAGGAUGCAUAGAAGACAUAUCACAAGCUGGGCCACACUGAAUGCCUCUUACUUACACCCCUCUCCCUGAACCUCCCCCUUCCAGUAGAGUUCCUAAGCCUUAGAUGGGUGAUCCCACCUUGGUGGAGCCCCUCAGUGUGCUGGCCCCAGGAGACAAAUAGAGAAGGCUUCUUGAGCAUUGUUUGCACAGCUAAGUGGCUCUAACUUGUUUCUUUCUAUUAACUGCUUUCUAGAUGCACCUGUCCCUGGUGCACACAUUCUGCUCCUACCCAAAGCAAUAAAAAGCAACAGAGCUGC